AUGGAAGCAUUCCAUUUAGGUGAUGUUGUUGACCCAAAUAAUAGUUGGAGUCUGAAUGAAGAUCCUCAUGAAGAGGACGAGAGCCAAGCGCAAGGCCUUAGCACAAAGGAACUUGGCAAGGGGCUUACACUCAGUCAGCUAUCGCAUUGCGGUUCACUUUAUCUAGUAGAGUUUAAAGCUGGUAGGAGCGACCUAUUCUACAUUCCUGAGAACAGUGGGGUAUCUCUAAAGAAGGGCGAUUUAGUGAUCGUAGAAGCAGACCGUGGCAAGGACCUUGGGAAGAUCACAAAUGAUAUGAUUACGCCUCAACAGAUUCAAGCGAUGCAGACACAGCAGGCGGAAAUGGCUGCUAUACAAGCUCAGCAGGAUGGCGUCGGCUCCGGCCUUGGAGGGAAUGGAGGCAGUAGCAAUAGCACUGCGCAACGUACUCUGAAGGAAAUCCAUCCAAAGCGCAUAUUCAGACUUGCUCAGCCAUCCGAAAUAUCCCAACUGACGAACAAGAACCAUGACGAGAUUAAAGCCAUGAUGGUGUGUCAGAGUAAAGUUCGACAAAAAAGACUUCCAAUGGAGGUAGUUGAUGCGGAAUAUCAAUGGGAUCGUCGCAAACUUACCUUCUAUUUUAUCGCAGAAAGAAGGAUUGACUUUCGUGAGCUUGUUCGUGAUCUCUUCAAGAUCUAUAAGACUAGGAUUUGGAUGUAUGCUGUGAGUCCAAGCAUGUCCCAAGCGAAUGCUGGUACUCUUCAUAAUAGCCCGCCUCCUUCUUCCUUUGCUCACCUUCCUGCUCAUCAAGGCCAUCAGCAGCAAAUGCUGCAACACUCACAAGGGCCUUCCACAGCCGUUGUAUCAUCAGCAUUGCCAAUGGGUAUCCAAAGUGGGUUUCAAAUGAUGCAGGUACCGCACCCCCACCAAUACCCGCCGUUGCAUGCUACUCAGCAAUAUGCGCAAUAUCCUUCGUAUGCACAAAUCCCGUCACAACUACAAGAACAUUACCAGACGCUAUUGACACCCCAUCGGCCCCCGCAGCCAUCCUAUCCCUCACAGGCGCAAACGCAGGCUUCUACACAUCUAAUACAACAGCAGCAACAGCAUUAUCAGCAGAGCCCGUAUUCGUAUUCGUCCGUCAACACAUAA